ACGAUCGAUAACUCUGUAAAGAGUUAAAAAUUGUACCAACAUUGAAAAAAAAUGACGUUUUUUCAUUUUGGCAAUUGCGUUGCUCUUGCUUAUGUGCCUUAUGUCAUUGUUUAUAAAUGUUCAGGAUUGUAAGUCAUUUUUUAUAUAUUAUUUUAAAAUGUGGAUUCAAUGAAACCGUAGGAUAAUUUAUAGGCUUAAUCUGUAUAUUGAUAUGUAACAUGUAAUGUAUAAUUUUUUUGUAUACUAUUCGGUAGCCGGUAGUAUUUAAUUUUAUCAUUGGUCAGGGCACUCCAGGCCAAGUUACUCAGUCAGUAACUGACUCUUGUAAGUUUAAACUUAUGUCUUAUAAGUAUAAGACUAAGAAUACCACUAAGAAGACUGUAGUCUUACUCCUGUCCAUACCAAUUUUAUCAAGCCAGUUCUGUGGCAAUAGGCUAUAAUUUAGUGACAUUUAUUUAAGUUAGGCUGAACCAAUUGCUUGCCAAUUAUUGAAUGUAUUGUUAACACUAACUGCACAAAACUACUGUAAACUUAAAGUUAACAUUUUAAAGUAAGAGUAGACUCUAUAUGUAAAGCACUUUUACAUAGUUUGGCGGACCAGUCAUGACCAGUGGAUACAUUUUGAAAUUGCAUCAGUGACAGAUUAAUUAAUUGCAUUGCAGUUUCCUUUUUUUACCGGUAACCAUAAAUAUUAAUGUUGGCGGACCGACAGUGUAAGGCUUGCUGACUAGCGCCCAUCCAUGGACCACCAUUUCGGAAACACUGGUGUAGAUUGAGAGAGCAUGUCCAUAUGACAACAAAUUCAAAUGAAUUCACAUACUUUAGUCUUUAGUUUUAUAUAGUUUUUAGUAAUUAUCCCAUUAACUCAGGUUUAGUGAUAAGUCUAGUGGCAUACCUUGACUCAAGGCCAUCCGAGGCAAACUCUUGAGGACAAAAAUACUCCCUCCAGCACACACACAAUUUAUAGAAUUUAUAAUGUUAUAUCUAAGUCUAAGCCCCAAAAUUAAUGCCUGGGAGGUCAUCCUCUUUGCACCUCCCUAUGUCUAUGUUCACCUCUGAUAAAGCCUACCGUCAUCCAUUUUGCAAAAAUAUAUAUAUUUUUAAAAAAUGGUAAGUACUUAAGCAUAUGGCAGCACAAGCAUUUAGUGUUACCUUACCAAUGAUAAGAGAUGGAAAUCAAAACCGAACUGAAUACAUCAAACUUGAACCCUGCUAAUGACUGAACUAAACCCUGCGGACCACCAAAAUCAAACUUCAAUGUCACCGAGUAUAAACCAAACAAACUUUUCGCAAAAUCAUUAGAACCAAAAUGUUUUACAAAUGUGUCACAUCGCCACUUAUGCCAGAAAUGCUUAUAUUUUAAUUUAAACUAGAAAACCCAAGCGCUAAACGAUUUUUGUAAACCAAAAUAUUUUUCUUUAUCAUCGUCUACCCUACUCCCCAAGCCAUCACCCUUUUGGGCAUUGGCUUGAUUUGCAUAAAUGCCUGACAAAUUAAAUAAAAAACAACUCUAUGUAGCCAAAUCUUUUUCAUCCAGUGUCAGCAACAUGUAAUGUUAAAAUACAAACUAAAUUAAAAUGGAGUAUGAAACUUAUUUACCGGAACAUUCAUUGUGUAAGAGAAGUCUCAGCAAGCAGUCCAGUUUGAGAGGAUUUAAACCUCUUUCCAUAAGCAAAUAAUUAAACCCAAGACGAAUUUAUUUUUCCCUACUAUUUAAUUUAAUUUUAUUGAGUCACGCAUUUAUUUAUAGUUAUAUUAUAAAUCCCUGUGCACUAUGAUAGUUAAAGAAAAUGACUUUCUUCUUUUAAGUGCAUUUAUAAAACAGACUAAUUAAAAAAACAAAACAUUAUUUACAGAAUGUGUUGAACUUCAGUGGUUACCAAACCUAAGCUUUACUGAGCCGAACUUAAACUUCACUGAACUGAACUCAAACUUGAGCUGUUUCUGAAUCCAAACUUUUAAAAGAGGGUUCAAUUCCUAUCUCUGUUAACGAUCUUGGUCUAUUAAUAUUAUCUAUGAAAUCUUUGAAAAUUCCAAAAGCAAAUAGUCAGUUACUGUUAAAAUUUUCCAGAUAAAAUUUUAUUAGGCUCAGUUAUUUUACUAUUUUAUUUUUUAUUCACAGAGCAGAAUACAGUGCAUUCUGGAAAUGUGUCCAGGCCGGUGGGGCAUACUUGUUUACACAGCUGUGUAAGAUGUUGCUACUUGCCACAUUUUUCCCAUCUACAGAAACUGCUACUGGUGGACUUGAUAUCACAGGGGUGGGUGCUAAACAGAAUUCUUCAAAUUCUAAAUUAAAUACUGUAUAAAUAGGCUUCCGGAGAUUAAGAAGAUUAACUGUUAACAUUUUGGUGGGAUAAAUCUAUAAUAUAACCGUAAUUUUGACCUUUGUAGAUUUUAAAGUUUAUGAACUUGCUAGGCAUGAGGUGUGCUGUAGCCUAAAUGUUAUUUAAAAUAUCAAAUUUCUUUCUUUUUAAAAUUACAAAAUAUUUAACAAAAGUUAAAUGGGUUAAGGGUUACUUAAUAAAGUUCAUUUUAAGAUAUCCUAAUUAAUUCAAGAUGACAUCAUUAACUAGCUUAGUUAUGAUGUUUAAAUCCUUAAAAUUAAACAAGUUUUGAAAAAACUUAUAGAUCAACUGUUGAAAAUUAUUUAGUUCAGUUGCAGUGUUUCUAUGAGAUCUUAGGAUACGCUGAAAGAUCAGAUUAGUUGAAAGCAUGAAGUAAAGGCAAACAAAAAUGAAUUCAUCUCUUUUGUUUGCUUUGUUAUCAAUUUCAAGGAAUUGAAAGGGGGAAAAAAUGAAAAUAUUUCGUAAACUAACAGGUUUAUUUGUCAACUAUCCAUUUAAAGUGUGUAAAUAUAUUUUUUCAUUUCAAUUAUAAAAUGCUGUUUUCAGGAGUUCCUCAAAUCAACAGUAGACAUAGCUGACCUUGUGGGUCUUCAUAUUGUGAUGUCAAAAUUUGCUGGAAAAGGCCAGUUGAAGUUUAUGAUAGCUGGCAUGGGCUGGGCAACUGCUGAGCUGAUUGUUACUAGGUAGGCUCAUUCUAACUUGUGAUUGUUAUCAGGUAGCCUCAUCACUACUUGUGAUUGUUACUAGGUAGGCUCAUCCCUACUUGUGAUUGUUAACUAGGUGGCCUCAUCACUGCUUUUGAUUAUUACUAUGUAGCCUCAUCACUGCUUGUGAUUGUUACUAGGUGGGCUCAUCACUGCUUGUGAUUAGGUAGCCUCAUCUCUGCUUGUCAUUUUUACUAGGUAGCCUCAUCACUGUUUGUUACUAGGUAGCCUCAUCACUGCUUGUGAUUGUUACUAGGUGGGCUCAUCACUGCUUGUGAUUAGGUAGCCUCAUCUCUGCUUGUCAUUUUUACUAGGUAGCCUCAUCACUGUUUGUUACUAGGUAGCCUCACCACUGCUUGUCAUUGUUACUAGAUAGCCUCAUCACUGCUUAUCAUUGUUACUAGAUAGCCUCAUCACUGCUUGUGAUUAGCUAGCCUCAUCACUGCUUGUGAUUAGGUAGCCUCAUCACUGCUUGUGAUUGUUACUAGGUGGGCUCAUCACUGCUUGUGAUUAGGUAGCCUCAUCUCUGCUUGUCAUUUUUACUAGGUAGCCUCAUCACUGUUUGUUACUAGGUAGCCUCAUCGUAGCCUCAUCACUGCUUGUGAUUGUUACUAGGUGGGCUCAUCACUGCUUGUGAUUAGGUAGCCUCAUCUCUGCUUGUCAUUUUUACUAGGUAGCCUCAUCACUGUUUGUUACUAGGUAGCCUCAUCACUGCUUGUCAUUGUUACUAGAUAGCCUCAUCACUGCUUAUCAUUGUUACUAGAUAGCCUCAUCACUGCUUGUCAUUGUUACUAGAUAGCCUCAUCACUGCUUGUCAUUGUUACUAGGUGGGCUCAUCACUGCUUGUCAUUGUUACUAGAUAGCCUCAUCACUGCAUGUCAUUGUUACUAGAUAGCCUCAUCACUGCUUGUCAUUGUUACUAGAUAGCCUCAUCACUGCUUACUAUACAAUAAACUCUUUACACACUUUGACUUAGUAGGAGAAUUCUGCUGUGGUUAUUAAAAAUAUCUUUUUCUGUAACAUAACAGAUUUUUACCCCUUUGGAUGGGAGCCCGAGGUGUUGAGUUUGACUGGAAGUAUAUUCAGAUGAGUUUUGACUCCAACAUUAGUUUGGUAAGUGGGUCUUAGUAGUGUUUAAGAAACUUUUAAAUCAUAUUUUAAAUCAAUUUAUUUUAAAGAUGAAAAUAAUCAGCACUUGAUUUUAAUUGCACUUUGCACAGAGGAAAGAAGUUUGAUAUCUUAUAAUAACUGAGUGAAGCAAAGAGAAAAAAGCUGAAAUUUAAAAUAUUCAAAAAAUUUUAAAUCGAAGUUUUUAAUUUUAAUUAAACAUUUUUUUAAAUAGUCAUGGAUUAAAAUUCUAAGUUCAUUUGAUAUUUUUAAUUGUGCUUUCAUUUACUGUCGUUGAUGUUAACUGCUUUGUGGUAUUUUUCUUACUUUUUCAGAUCCAUCAUAUCAGUGUUGCAAUGUUGGUUUGGUUAUACAGUCGAAGUGAUCUGCAAAAAUCCUCCUUGCCAAUCGUGGUAACUCUCCUUGGAUUGGCCUGUUACAGGCCGCUGAUUGUUGAGUGAGUUGUUUUUUUUUAUCUCAGACUUUCAUUGCGUCAGUGUUUGAUGAAGCAAUUUUCACUUUGGCUUUCUGCUUCUGUUUUCUGGUAGCAGGUAGUUAGUUAGUUACACUACUAAAAUGUCUGUAACCUCUUUGUCUCCAGAAUAUUGAUGCAGGCUGUUGGCCUGGGAUCCUGGAUGCUGCUGCUGGCCAAGGCAGGCUUCACAUCAGUGGUGGCUCUUAUUUCCCUUCAGAUGUACUUGAGCAUCCCUUCCCAAGGGAGCAACUCUUACUAUUGAGAUACAUUGCUGUUAUUACAUUGGUGAACAAGCUAUUUAAAUUUAAACAUCUUUUAAUACUGUUCUUUAGUGAGAGAAAAAUUUGAUAAGAGUUAUGUAAAAAAAAAAUUACCUUUUGAAAACUGUUUCGACCAUUAAAAAUUUUCCUUUUUGCUCUGGCCAUAAACUAGCUAUAUAAAGAACUCUCAUCAUUUUAAACAGUUACCUAGUCUGCCAUAGAAUUUCCAUUUUCAUGAGAGUAAGCAAGCAGAAAUGAACUAUAGUAAACCGUAUCCGGAUAUUUGUUUGAAAGAAAUUUCGUAGACGGAAAAUUGAUUGAAUUUUAUAUUCAGUUCACACAAUCAAAUUUUUAAAAAAUUUCUUUUUGAACUCAUUAUUUUGUUUUACCAUAUAGUAUAGUGGGUUCAAAAAGAAAUUUAACUCAUUCCCUCUGGCAGUGCUGCUUCCGGACUUAAUUUAUUUUCCUAAGAAAAUGGAACCAACUCAGUUUUGAAAUUGAUUUACAUUUUUAAAAUAGUUUUUUAAGUUGCUAAAUAUUAUUUAAUGUUAAUUUAUUAAGAACAAAUGCAAUAAAAAAUGAAUACGGUUUAAUAUAAAUAUUACAUUAGCGGGGAAAAAAUAACUAACAAUGGCCAAAAAAUAGAUUUUCGGCACCUCGGACGAACACAUGCUACAUAUAGACGCGCCGUACUAAAGCACACAUAGCUUUAAAGUGAAACAAGAUAAAAACUUCUGGUUUUUAAAUUAAAAUCAUGCAGAAAUUACGCCAUAGCCAGAAGUCUCGAGAGACGCGAGAUUUAAUUGCUAUUUAUAACUAAAAAUAAGAGAGGUGUGUUGCUAUGCGCCGGGACGCAUUUGGACGCAUCGGGAGGAACCCCCAGAGGACGCAUUUAGUUGCAACCGUCGGGAAAGAGUUAACAAAAAUUUGAUAGCGUGAACUGAAAAUAAAAUUCGACCAAACUUCUAUCUAUCAAUUUUCUGUAGACAAAAUGUCUUUCAAACAAAUUUACGAUAACCAUAGUUAACAUUCAUUCUCGUAUUUCUAUUUGCUUGAGGUAAGUAAGUAUUUUUUGCUACCACAACUGAGUAUGUUUAGAUGUGAGAAUGAUGAAUGUAAUAUUAAUGUAAAAAUUUAAUUUACUGUAUUGUCUUUUCAGAUUCACUAUGAAUAAGCCAAUUAAAUUCAUAGAUCACAUGAUGAUUUUAAAAAACUUGUUCAGUUAAGGUCUGGAAAUGGAACUUAUUACACUAAUACCAAUGUCACUCUGGAUAAUUACUCUUUAAUACCCAUGGUACCAUGCAUAAACAUAAAGUGUUGUGUUGACAUAAAAAUAAAUUAAAAUGAUUUGAAUUUCAGUGCUCAAUUCAAAGUUGAAAAAUAUUACGUGAAAAAUAUUACGUAUACUUCUCUAAAAGUACAACUUCCAAUAUGUUUUUUAAAAAUUGUGACUUUAAAGUAAUUUGAUAUAAUUGAUUACUAUUUCAGAAUUAAUUGAUGAAUAAUGUAGAAAACAUUUUCCAAAUCUGAUCACAAAUGAGAUGUUUUAAUUGUGGGUUUUUUUUUUUAAUGACAGACCCUAAAUAAGUACAAUGGGCUGUUCAUUCUUUUUUCUUAUGCAACAUUUAUAAUCCCAAUAAAAAGUAGUCAAUGCUCAUCAUGUUGAAGUGCAUUUCAUUUAGAAUACCAAUACUGAGUUGUGUGCUUUAAUAAUGGGGCAUUUUGUGCUUUAAUAAUGGGGCAUUUUGUCAAUCAUGUGUAUUAUGUCUUUGUAUAAAACAUGUUUUUGUAAACUGGGAUCAUAUAUUAUAUGCAGUUGUAUUCUCUGUGUCUUGUAUGCAAUUGAUCAGAUUUUUUGUUAACAAAAGUAGCCGGAUGUAAGAAAGAUGUUUUACUUAUUUAUAAGAGAGAGAGAGAGAUUAAAUAAAUAACAUUACACAUUUUUUCUAAGGUUG